AUGAAUUUUGUACUUUUUUGCUUUCUAGUUUGGCAGUUCGUAAACCCAGGUGCUGCAUUCGAUAUUAAGGGCAGACUAGAUUUGAAAGUUAGGAACGUUUCGAGACAUGAUAUAUCGAGAACCUAUUUUAACCUGUACAGGAUACGGAAUCCCAAUGAUGACUCGGAAUGGGAUUCAUAUUCACAGUCAUCAAAAUUGGAGAAUAUCAAUGGUGAAUUCACCUUCAGCGAUGUUCCCAUUGACACUGGUAUCAAUAGGACGACAUACUUCACAUUACAUUCGCAUUCCAAUGAAUUCAAUUUGAAACCCAACAGAAUACUGAUACAAAUUGUAGGUAACGGGCAAGAUCAGGAACCUAACCUCAGCGCCUUUGAGAACAGAUUUGGCAGAGAGUAUUUCCCAUCUCCAGAUAUUACAUAUCCCGAAACUUUGAAUCCAUUACCCUUGGAUUCUGCAAACCGUUUAACAAUAACAACGAUGAACAAACAACCAUACAGAAAAUAUAUAAAGAUAAGAAAUCCUGGAAUCCUCGAGAGUGGUCCCAUUGCCAGUGUUUUAAGAUCAAAAUUCAAGCUAGCAGGCGUCGUGACAGUGAUAUUUUUAGUUUUGUUCCCUAUUUUGUUGGAGAAGUUCGAUCCUGAGACUGCUAAAGCUAUGAGACAAGAGAAGAUGCAUAGAGAGAACGCAAAAUAUGUUUCAAAAUAG